AUGAAAGUGUCUCCCGACAGCGAUUGCCCUGCACCAGUCGUGCUUGGUAUGGACUUCAUUCGACAGAUCCCUGAAGGCAAAAGGAAGGUUUGCAUUGACCUGGACACUAACACGGUAUCGCUCGGUGACGAAGAACUGAAGCUGCUUAGUUGCGCUGUUGAGGAAGAGCCGGAACCUAUUACGGUACACGCGAGCGAAACUAUUGUAAUCCCUCCGCGAUCGGACAACGUCAUCAAAGGCACCGUGAAGAACGCAACACCGGAAGCAGGAAAGGUGUACACUACCAAACGAUGGCCAAACGCAUACAAAUACUUGAUGGUCGGCUACGUUUUGGCAACUGUUGCUCAAGGAGGAUGCUUUCCGCUCCGCGUGAUGAAUCCUGGCAACGCACCAAUAAAAAUCUACAAAGGAUCGACGCUCGCCGAACUAGAACUCGUAACGAACGUGACCCAACCUGUACACACAGUUGCGGCAGCAACUGGUGAGUGCUCGCCGACAGCGGACUACAUUCCACCAGAGGCCAAUUGGGCGGAUAAGAUACCUGACAAGAUGCCGCCGCUUGAAGAACAGUUGGCGAAGAAGCUGGACCUCAGCAAAUCAAUCCUGACGCCUGCCGGCAAAACACAACUCCGAUGGAUUAUCCGGAAGCUUCACCAAGCGUUUGCCGCAGAGGAUGGUCUGAUCGGGAAGUACAACGGAUCUUACCGCCACCGGAUCGAUCUGGUCGCAGGAAGCAAACCCUUCCAGCUUCGACCAUACCGAACUCCGCUGGCACUUCGUGAAGAAAUCGAACGUCAAGUGAAAGACAUGCUGAAGCAAAGAAUCAUCAAGCCGAGCAACUCUCCGUUUUGCUCACCCGUGGUAUUAGUAAAAAAGGCUUCCGGGGCAUGGCGUUUUGCAGUGGACUAUAGACGGCUGAACAGCAUCACGGUGAAGGAAACGGCUACUCUUCCGAGGAUUGAUGACAUCAUCGACUUGGUUGCCGGACACAAGUACUACUCCAGUUUCGACUUGAUGUCCGGAUUUCACCAGAUUCCCGUGCACCCAGAGCACACACAGUACACUGCAUUCGCCACGCACCUGGGGCUCUUCGAGUUCCUGCAGUUGCCGUUUGGAGUCUGCAAUGGACCUGCAAGCUUCCAGCGCGUGAUGGAAUCCUUGCGACGAGAGAUGUCCGCAACCGUGCUGAUUUACCUGGACGACAUCGUGGUCAGCAGCGACACAGAGGAAAAGCAUUUGAAGGACAUCGAAGAAUUUCUUCGUGUGAUCAUUAAGUAUAACAUGAAACUUCGCUUGGACAAGUGUACGCUUGGUUCUGACGAGAUAAAAUACCUGGGCUUUCUCGUGUCUCAAAAAGGCGUAAGACCAGAUCCAGGCAACAUCAUCAACGUGAAGUCGAUCAAACAACCGAAGACGAUCACCGAGCUAAGGUCAUUCAUAGGCGCAGCGAGCUACUACCGAAGAUUUAUCCAAAACUUCGCAGGAAUAAUGCAGCCGCUGUACGCCUUGACGAAGAAAGAUGCUUCCGUGACACUCUGGAAAGAGGAGCACACGAAGGCGUUUGAGACCAUCAAAGAGAAGCUGACGACCGCACCAGUACUCGUGGCACCAAGACUGGGACGGCCGUUUGUGAUUGAAACCGAUGCCAGCGCCACGGCUAUCGCCGCUUGUCUGAUGCAAAAGGAUCCGAAAGACGGAGAACUGCAUCCUGUAGCGUAUGCCUCAAGGCUGCUAAACAAGCACGAAGCACGGUACCCGUCCGUUGAACUUGAGGCGUUGGCGGUUGUCUUCGCAUUACAGGAAUAUGCCGCGUAA